AUGAGGUCGGCGGGCGGCGGCGGCCGGAGAGGAGAGCCACCACCGCCGUUAUCACAACGAGAAGAAGCGUUGAUACAGCCGGGGGCCUCUCGCGCCGCGGUCAGUCAGCUGUUAUUUGAAGUUCAGGUCAAACCAACCGGCGGCAGCGGCGGAGAGAGGGGGCCUGCCUUUCCGACCGACGCGCUGCAGCGAGGCAGACCAGCUGCAACAAGGCAAACGACGACGGCACCGCCUCUCUCUUUCGCCUCGAUCGUCACAAACGAUUCUCGCGUUCUUUUUUCCUCUCUCUCGAUGGUUCUCGAGGGAGUGAGCACUUAA